AUGGCUUCGAGUUCCACCGCGUAUCACCUAAAAGACGCCGGGUUCCACAUCCGAAAUGUGCCGAAAGAGUGGAAUGACUGGAAUCUGUUCCACGUCUUCCAAAAGUUCGGAAGAGUCGGAUACUGCCGUGUCGCAGCCACUUCUCAAGACGCGAGCUUUCAAUUGGGGUGAGUUUUCGGGCUCUGGAAAUUUGAAAAAUUCCGAAUUUUCGUAAAGAUUCGUCAAUAUGCUCGCGGUGAGCGAUGCCGACGAGGUGCGCAAGAAUCUGCACGACGGAACACUCGCCGGGCAGAGUUUUUCGUUAAGAGUUUGUUUUUUCCAGCUGAAAAUCGUCAAUACUUGCUUGUUUCUAGGUCUCCGAUCUAAAAACGAACGCCAUGCAGCCGGUGCUGACUCCGACGCACAAACUUCUUUCAUCUCCGCCGCCGAAAAACGUCCCGACUCUGCUGCCGUCCGCCUGGCUUCCGCUCAACAAAGACAUCGAAGUGAGCAACGAUUACCAUCAAAUUCCACUGAAAUUGUUGCAUUUCAGGUCGAAGUCGUCGACUACCUCCCUUCUUCGUCGGUCGCCGACGAUCUCUUCGCGGUGACCGUCAUCCAGAUAAACGACCCAAUCAUCGAAGAGAAAUACGCGUUGCUGCACGAGAAGCUCAACGCCUACGCGCAGCUCAGUCCUUUUGAUUCCGAACUUGAAGUACUCGGGAAAAUCUCUAUUUUUCAAAUGAAUUUUGUGUUAAUUUUAGAUCGGCUACGACGGCGUCUACCGCGAGAAUGCGCGCUCUCUUCACAGAGUCCGCCGAAUCUCAGCCAACAAGUUGUACUUGGUGGAUGCCGGAAAAGUCGUCGCCUACGACAAAUCAAAGGUCUUCCAGCUCCCGAAGGUGUUCUCGUCGACGCCAACAAAGGUUUCGCUGUGCGGUAUCGAUGGUCUCAAGUGGUUCCCAGCUGCGAUUCCGUCGUUCGACAAGAUCCGCGACGUCGUGAAGCAGUGGGGACGCAUGGAGAACUCGGUCCUCCACGCCAUCGCUUGCGGCUUCCAAGGCUCCAUCAAUAUGAUCAGCCUGAACUGCGGAAACUGUAAGGCGCUCGUAAUCCCUUAGAACAAUCGGUAAUUCUCCGUUUUCAGCGAUUCUCGCGGAACGCCUCAAUCGCAAAGGAGCCUGCCUGUACGUGCCGCGCAACAUGCAGCCGCGUUACGCAUACUCCCGCGACCUCCUGCUCGAGCGCAACAACCAAUCCACGACGGCCACGAUCUCCAACGACGCGGACGUCGUCUCCGAUCUUUUAAAAAAGAUCGAAGGCGUGAAGUCUAUGCUCCGCGAUCUGGAACUUUCGCCCUAA